UUUGCUAGAAAGGGCUAAGCCCGCUUGAGUGAAAGUUAUGUAACAAACACGAAUGCUUUUGAAGUUGCAGUCUAAAUGGAAGGAAAAUAAAUGACCUUCCUUUUACUGGAAAGGUCGUUAAACAUGACAACAAUGGCCAUGUCGGAAAGGACAGAUGUUGUUUCCCAGCAGGCCAUUCAACGAACUUGCAUACGUAGAAGCAGUUAAAAAGACUAGAACCUCCUAGAAUAGUCGUUUUCGAAGGUUUCCAUCGAAUUUCAAGAACACGAAUCCGAAGCAUAAAAUUUAAUUCCUUAAUAAUAACACAAAAAUGAUAUUCUUCGACAUCCAAAGUGAUGCAAACGAUUUGGCAAAACUCUGGGAGCAUUACUCUUCACGUUCAGAUGAGUGUGAUGGAUGUAAGAAGUGCAACGUGACCACGCUGACGUAACAAGAUGACGACGAACGAAGCCAUGCUUGUUGAUAUAACUGUGCACCAAACAUCAAGCUUCAGUUCAAGGCGACUUAGGAAUUUCAUUUUGGUGCCGGAUACAUUCUUGAUCUAUAGCUGUAGUAUUUGCAGGGUGCAUUGUCGUAAAGCGAGCAUAAAAACAGGAAUUGCACCAAAGCAAACACAGAUCGGGUUUGAAGGCCUUGAAUAAAUUCCCACCGCUUAGCUAAGAGGAGCGAUGAACCAAGCACCCGAGAAUGAGUGCAGCCAAGGAGUAUGCAAGGUGGCUAGAAGACCUACUUCUCUACCGAGUCCAUUCAUACAUACAAGGAUGGAGAUCAAUCCAGCAGAUUUGACGGCUGAUCUUCAAGGAGUACAAGCUGCAGGGAAUACGUUUGGCAACGAAUCACGUCUAAAGUAUGGCAAGCUCCUGAUCCCAGGAGAGUGCAACAAAGAGGAUCACAAUGGAGCAGCAGAGAAAAGUUACCAGCGUAAAAGCUUGCUGAAGAGAAGAAGACAUAGUGAGCCUCUUCACUCUGCUCAUGCAGAAGUACAGCUCAAUUCCACAGGAAGUUCUGCUGAUUCUUCUGGAUCAAGCCUAUUGUUGGAAAACCACAAGACGAGAAACUUCCGCAAAAAAGAUAUUACAGCAGCUAAGGCAUUUUUUCCCGACUUUUUCCCUCAACAACCCUUACGAGACAGGUACGAUUGCUUACAUUCGCAUCCAACCUUGGAACAGAUUUUCUCAGGUCAGAUUAAGUCUUAACGAUCUUGAGUACUAAGACACUAAUGAAAAACUGUUCUGAUAGGUGGUUUUUACAAUCUAGAUACUUUCAAACGUUUCCUAGAAACGAUAAAGCUCUGAAUGUGUAGAAAAACAAAGCAAAUUAAAAUUUGUAUAGCCUUACUUGAAUUUAAUAUUUCAAGGAUCUAAUCACCAAGUGAACUUAGAACAGCAUCCGUGCUAUAAAUAUAACAGUUUAUGCGAGAUGUACACGUGACUCAGUGAAAUCAUCAGUUUAUUAUAAAGUGUAUGGUGUUGAUUAAAACUAGACUAAAAAAUAUUGAAAGGGAGAGUGGAGAGAUA